CUUUUUUGUCGAGCAUAAGGUACGAGUUUCAACCAGACCGCUGGGACCGUACCAUUUUUCCUUCUGGGGUUGGAUAACAAAAUUGAAAAAUGUUACCAGAUUGUGCGGUAUGCCAAAGGACAAAUAUGAUCCUCCGGAUCCUCGCCGAUGUUACACCAUCAUGUCAGCCGAGGACGCGGCGAACGGGAAGAAGUCUCAGUGGGCCGAGCUCGAGAUUUCCGGGCGAGUGCGGAGUCUGAGCAGCUCGCUGUGGACGCUGACCCACCUGACGGCGCUCCACAUCAACGACAACAACCUGACGCGCAUCCCCCCCGACAUCGCCAAGCUGCCUCGUCUGGCCUACCUGAACCUGUCGUCCAAUAAGCUCCGCAGCCUCCCCGCAGAGUUGGGCAACAUGGUCUCUCUCAGGGAACUGCUUUUAAACAACAAUCUUUUACGAGUUCUGCCAUAUGAACUCGGGAAGCUUUUCCAGUUACAAACGCUGGGACUGAAAGGAAAUCCUCUCUCGCAAGACAUCCUCAACUUGUACCAAGAGCCCGACGGAACGCGGAAGCUUUUAAACUACAUGCUCGACAAUCUCGCCGUGCAUCCAGAGCAACUCCCCCAAAGGCCGUGGAUCACCCUCCAAGAACGCGACCAGUCGGUCCCCACAGCCGCCUUCACCGUCAUGUGCUACAACGUGCUGUGCGACAAGUAUGCCACGCGGCAGCUGUACGGCUACUGCCCCUCGUGGGCGCUCAGCUGGGAGUACCGCAAGAAGGGCAUCAUGGAGGAGAUCAACGGCUGCGACGCCGACAUCGUCAGCCUGCAGGAGGUGGAGACGGAGCAGUACUACGCCUUCUUCCUGGAGACGCUCAAGUCACGAGGCUACGACGGUUAUUUUUGCCCCAAAUCUCGAGCCAAGCUGGUGUCGGAACAGGAGAGGAAGCACGUGGACGGCUGUGCCGUCUUCUUCAAGACGGACAAGUUUACGUUGGUCCAGAAACACACGGUGGAGUUCAACCAGGUGGCCAUGGCCAACUCUGAAGGCUCCGAGGUGAUGCUCAACCGGGUGAUGACUAAGGACAACAUCGGCGUGGCCGUGCUGCUGGAGGUCAACAAGGACUUGUUCUCCGGGGGCGCGAAGGCGGCGCCGGCGAGACCGCUGGUGCUGGUGGCCAACGCUCACAUGCACUGGGACCCCGAAUACUCGGACGUCAAGCUGAUCCAGACCGUCAUGUUCCUGUCGGAGCUCAAGAGCAUCNNNNUGCGUGCGGUGGGGCAAUUUGCGCGCUCAACUGUGGGUGGCAAGGUGCUGAUUUGCUGUUUGGGCGGCGCAGGCGUGGUGGAGUACCUGAGCAACGGCGGCGUGGCCGACAACCACAAAGAUUUCAAGGAGCUGCGCUACAACGACUGCCUCAGCAACUUCAGUUGCAGCAACGGCGGCGGCGCCGGCAACGGCGGCAGUGCCGGUGCCGGCGCCGGCGGCAGCGUCACGCACAGUUUCCAGCUCAAGAGCGCCUACGACAGCCACGUCAUGCCUUACACCAACUACACGUACGACUUCAAGGGCGUGAUCGACUACAUCUUCUUCUCGCGCACGCACAUGAGCGCGCUGGGCGUGCUGGGCCCGCUGGACGCCAACUGGCUUUCCGACAACAACCUGACGGGCUGCCCGCACCCCCACGUGCCCUCGGACCACUUCUCCCUGUUGGCCCAGCUGGAGCUGCGACCUGCGCCACCCGCUGCCUCCUCCUCCUCCCCCACGCUGCCCCCGCGCCAGCUCAACGGCCUCCACCUGCCCCCCGUCCACAGGUAGUGCUGCUCAAAGCGGAAGAAGACACCUUGAAUUUGUUUUUUUUGUUUGUUUUUUUUAAACACCCACCUAAAGGACGCUGUACAGUUUCGUAUCAAGACAUCUUCUGUUGGAAGUCUUUGCCUGAUGUUGCACACCGACAUUUUGUUUCCCCCGUUUUUUCAUUUUCCGUUUUUCUCCCCGUCAUCAAAGUUCAAAACCAAAAUAUGCCGCCACCGUGACCUCAGUCGUAUUUUUGCAAACGCAGUUUCUCCACAAACACUGAAAUGAUGCUUGUUUGUCUUCGCCACGCGACGCAAAAUCAGUUUGUAGAUUUUGGGAAUAAAACACUACAGGUGGUCACAACACGAAACAAAGUGUACAAACGAGCAAUAUCAUUGUGAAAUACGCAGUGGGUAUAAAAAGUCCGCCAACCGCUGUUCAAAUGCCAGGUUUUUGUGAUACACCAAGACAAAUGGUUUCUAAACUUUAUCCACUCCAUUCAUCGGAGGCACUUUAAAUGGUGUCGUCGUCAGCCGUGUUUCGACUGCCAUUGAACAAGCGUUUGAAUGUGAUUGGCCUAACUUCCACAUCUCAAUCAUGAAAGGGUGUGCAAGCACAUUAUCGCCAUUGUCGGGUUUCACUUCCCUUCUCAAAAAGAUUUUGGGGCAUUUGAAUAAGGGUGCGUAAAGUUUUUAUAUUCGCUGUAAAAAGUGACAGGAUUUUUUUUUUUUCCAAGGAAAAAGUUGCAAAGUGAAGACAUUAAGUCGUUUUGAGCAAGACAGAAGACAUUAGGCAAUGAAGUACGAUUGAAUGAAUUGCGUUGUUACAGACUCAAGGCCUAUGCAAUGACUAUUCAGAGUAAAGUCCUAUGAUGAGAAGAAUCAUUUUUUUUAACAGGGCGCAACGGUACGUGGAUAAAAUUGCAUGAUACAUUGUAAUAUUACAAGAGCAUAGCUGUAUCUUUUGAUUAAGAAGUCAAAGUUACAAAGAAAAAAAGGCGCGAUGGUACAAAGGAUAAAAUGGUUCAAUUUUUUUCCGAGAAUAAGUUGUGCUGUUACUGGAAAAAUUCCAACGUUUUUCUUGGAAAGAACUUUUUCUCACAUUACAUUUUUAAAAAUCAUGUAAGAUUUUGACUUGAUUGUAACAGUUGUUUUCUUUCCAGGGUUGCGCAAAUAUUCUUUAGUUCUGUUAUUUCAUGGCAGUUCCUGAAUGCGUCAUUUCAAGUUGCUUUGUUGUCACUUUAGGCCAAAUAUGAAGUCAAGUAUUAAGUUGCAUUCAAAGGCACAAAAUUGGAUGGAAUAUUUUAACGCCAACAUCUUAAGUAUAGAAAAGUACACAACAUGAAAAGUCUUGAUGGCACUUAGAUUUUUUUUCUUGGUUUAAUAACACCACUGCCACUUUGACAAUGUCUGAUUUUGGAAAGUAUUUGACAUGUUUCCAUACAAAUUUCUUCAACGAGAUGUGUUGGAAAAACAUCAAAAUACAACCAACACACAAACGUUUUACAGCAGACAUAAAUUUAAAAAAAAGAAAAUAUGUAAUAAAAAAUAAAUGUGUGACUGCACUCGGUCAAUAUA